AUGACCUCCGCCCGCGUCCUCCUCCUGCCAUGCCAGCUUACCAUGCCUCUUCGUUUGGCACUUGCGCCGCCGUCCUGGGCGCUGGCGCGCGGCUACUUCCUGAUGGUCCUACAGCAGUCGCACCGCUCUUGGGCGAGAGCUGCUGCUGCUUCCUCCGCCAGCAGCUCCAGCUGUGAGCAGUAUUCGCAAGCACCCAUUGCCGCCGCUCCUGGUGCUACUUCUCCCCGUGAGGAAAAGGGAAACGGAGAACUAGAGGCGGCUGCGUGUGGCGGCGAGAAGGCCUCAGGCGCGCAGCAGGACGGCAGCACCGGCACCGGCAUCGGCGUGCUUUCCCCGCCGGCCCCUAAGGAUAGUGAGGCGCUACGGGCGGCUGCGGCGGCGGGAAGAAAAGGCCGCUCCGGCGCCCUGUCGAGGCAACGCUGCCACAUGGCGAAGCCACAGGGGAAUAAGCCUGCGCAGCCAGGUAGUCCCAAGGAAGGGUGA